GUCGACUGGUUACAUCUGAGGACUUAGCUUAGCCCAUUUUCUUUCAAUGAAUGAGCUUUUCUUCUAGCUGUUGUGGAAUUCAUUGGAAUCUUACAGUGUGAGAAAUGGCUCCAAAAAAGGGCAAGGGAGCUGAUGCACCAAAGCCACCACCAUUGAUUGGAAGGUUUGGCACCUCGCUGAAAAUAGGGAUUGUCGGCCUGCCCAAUGUUGGUAAGUCAACCUUUUUCAACGUGCUGACAAAGAGUCAGGCUGCAGCUGAAAAUUUCCCCUUCUGCACCAUUGACCCAAAUGAAAGCAGAGUGCCCAUUCCAGAUGAACGCUAUGAUUUCCUCUGCCAAUUCCAUAAACCUGCCAGCAAAAUCCCGGCUUUUCUUAACAUUGUUGACAUUGCUGGCCUAGUGAAAGGUGCUCAUGCUGGCCAAGGCCUGGGAAAUGCCUUCCUGUCUCACAUCAGCGCCUGUGAUGGCAUCUUCCACGUGACACGUGCUUUUGAUGAUGAGGAUAUCAUCCAUGUUGAGGGGACAGUGGACCCAGUAAGGGACAUGGAGAUCAUCCACGAGGAGCUGAGGCUGAAGGAUGAGGAGAUGAUCAGCCCUAUUAUUGACAAGCUAGAGAAGACAGCCAUUAGAGGCGGUGACAAGAAACUCAAACCAGAAUAUGACAUUAUGUGCAAAAUCAAGAGCUGGGUAGUGGAUGAAAAGAAACACAUCCGCUACUAUCACGACUGGAACGACAAGGAGAUCGAAGUGCUGAACAAAUACUUGUUUUUGACAUCCAAACCAAUGAUCUACCUCGUUAAUCUCUCUGAGAAAGACUACAUAAGAAGGAAGAACAAAUGGUUGGUGAAAAUCAAGGAGUGGGUGGACAGUCAUGACCCCGGAGCCUUGGUCAUCCCCUUUAGUGGCGGCCUCGAGAUCCUGCUGCAGGACAAGAGCGAAGAGGAGAGGCAGAAGUACUGCACAGAGCACAAGACACAGAGUGCCCUGAGCAAGAUCAUCAAGACAGGCUACGCAGCCCUGCAGCUGGAGUACUUCUUCACUGCUGGACCAGAUGAGGUCCGUGCAUGGACCAUUCGGAAAGGAACUAAGGCUCCACAGGCUGCGGGGAAGAUCCACACAGACUUUGAGAGGGGCUUCAUUAUGGCGGAAGUAAUGAAAUUCCAGGAUUUUAAAGAGGAAGGCAGCGAGAGUGCUGUCAAGGCAGCUGGGAAAUACAGACAACAGGGAAGAAACUACAUUGUUGAGGAUGGAGACAUCAUCUUUUUCAAAUUUAACGCACCCAAUGCACCAAAGAAGAAGUGACAUGAGAACAAUGUGUUUGUUUACGCAACUGACUGUAUUGUUGUCUUAUAUCUGGCCCCUUUUUCACUUUUUGUUUCCAUGCUGUAGGACUGAAUCCCCCACUCAUGUGCCAAGGCACAGGUUCAGUAAACUC